ACCAACUUGCUUGGUCCACCCAUUCCCUCUUUUUCUUUUUUUUUAACUGUCCAAAUAUUUUCCCAAUAAAGAUAGAAGAAAAGUUUUCGUCGGAAUCGGAAUCAGAAUCGGAACCGGAACUGGAACAUUCCACCACCGCCGCCUGAAUAUCUCCUCCGAUCCCGAUCUCCAUUUUUCCACUUCAUUUCAUCCUUCUCAAUUCCUUCUUCUUCUUCUUACACUCCGUCAUGACAAUCGACCACCACUCGCAACACUCCGAUCAAACGACCCAUGAUGAUUCCGACCAUCUCCAUCCUACUCUUCCCGUGCCACUUGUUUCCAAUGGCGCCGACUGCGAGAAUGAAGGAGAUAACCUCUUCGUUCCUCCUCUGAACUUCGCCGUCGUUGACAGCGGCAUUUUCCGCUCCGGCUUCCCCGACUCUUCCAACUUCUCUUUCUUGCAGACAUUAGGCCUUCGUUCGAUUAUAUGUCUUUGUCCCGAGCCAUAUCCUGAGGCCAAUAUGGAUUUUCUCAAGUCCAAUGGGAUCCGAUUGUUUCAAUUUGGGAUUGAAGGUUCUAAGGCGGGUUCAGACAAGGUUGAUGCAUAUGUAAACUUGAUUCUCGAGUGUAUGAGGAAUUUGGAUAUGAGCGGCGAUCAAAUGUACUAUUUGGAGCCUUUUGUGAACAUUCCAGACUUUACGAUUCGUGAAGUACUUAAAGUUAUUCUUGAUGUGAGGAAUCGCCCGGUUUUAAUCCAUUGCAAACGGGGGAAGCACCGAACUGGUUGUGUCGUGGGAUGCUUUAGAAAGUUGCAGAAAUGGUGCCUAUCGUCAGUCUUUGAUGAAUAUCAACGGUUUGCCGCUGCCAAGGCAAGAGUUUCAGAUCAGAGGUUUAUUGAACUAUUCGACAUUUCUGGCUUGAAGCAUUUGCCAUCAUCACUUUCUUGUUCAGAAAGGUAAUUGUCCUCUAUGCCUGUGAGGAUGUUCAUUAGUAAAAGAAGAAGACACCCAAUAAAUGACGAGCCAUUCUGAAGUUUUUCACUUUUCAUUGGCCUAAUUACUUGUCAUUCUUUAAGCCUCACACAUUUCAGUUCAAGUGAUUAACUCCCCUUUGUAUUGUAUAUUUACUAUUCCCAAACUAUACUUAUGGUUAUAAAUCCAUCAGGGGGUUCAUUAGGAUUAACCCCAAUCAUAUGUACUAGAAUUCCAAGAACAUGAAAGUUAUAGUCAAAAUCGAAAAGAAGAUUUGGUAUCUUUUUUAGCUUUA